AUGUUUGCCGCCCCUAUGGUACCGCCUUCAUGCUUCGAAACAGCUGGAAAGCAGCAGAUCGAUGACCCGAAUUCACCCCCGCCGGAGAUCGACAUCAUCUUCGUCAACGGGAUGUUGGGCAGUGUCUUUCAUACAUGGCGUCAGCGGGAUAUUUCCAAGACCGAAGACAAUGAGAAUUUCCCGGGAUGCGGAGAUAAUUCAAGCUUCAGUAAUCUUAAGUCAGAUUCUUGCUGCCCAGGCCAAAUUGGUUGCUGGCCACAAACCUGGUUAAGCAAGGAGUUUCCUGAAGCUCGCAUUCUAGGAGUUAAUGCCAACCUAAGACCCUUCAUAUGGAAUCCAAUUUGCCCUGCAGAAAAAAUUAAGCGUCGAAUAGAUCAAAGAGCUCACGAUAUUCUGCAGCAAUUGUUGAUGGCUGGGGUCGGUCGUCGUCCUAUAGUCUGGGUUUCACACUCCGCUGGUGGAAUACUUACAAAGGAAGUUCUAAGACUCUCAGCCAGCUGGCUUGACGAAUCCUCAGCUCUAUGUUCAUCAUCGAAGAAGAGCGGAAGCAACUCGCAUUUCUACAACGACACUCAGAGUGCAUCAGCUUUUUCCAGCUCCUCAGUUGCCACUGAAAUUUCAUCCCCAGGUUCUUUCAACAGUGUUGAAUCGGGUGAAAUCAACUUGGCGGAGGUUAUGGGAAGUCACGUGGCUGACAUGGAGCCCCCUAGUUCUGUGGCACGCCAAACCAAAGGGAUCAUCUUUCUUUCUGUCCCACAUCGAGGAAAUCAGUCCAUGAUGUUCCUUUACCAAUUCCCAAUGAUAUUCACUCUCACACCUGAAGCAAAACAACUGCAACAAAACAACGAGUCCAUUAUGAACCUUCACGACUGGUUCCUUACCUGGAUUUCGACGCAUCCAGUAGAGGUGCUCAACAUGAUUGAGGACCGGAAGACCGUGGUCAAUCGGUGGUAUUCUGUUCGCUUCGUUCAAAAUGACCCACAAGAUACGGAUUUCUCGGAGGUCGUGCUUGUCGACACCGACCAUUCAGACAUUUGUAAGCCAAAGGACCGCCAAGAUGAAGUCUAUACGCGAAUCGUCGCUUUCAUUUCCCGUGUCUUGGACUCAUCUUCCUAG